UCAAGUUUCUUGAUGGACGGACUUGCAAUACAAAUCAGUGCUUGUCGGGACCACCUGUUGAUGGCCCCAUUGCUAACUCAUGCGGUAGCUGUUCUCAAGUCCACCUUGCGUGCUGCGGUAUGAAAUUGAAACGUGUCGUUACGGUGACAGGCAAAUAUUGGGUGAUUGUUUUCGAAAUCAGUUAUCUUAGAUCAAAUUCCAGGACAGCCGUGUGCCAGGGAAAGUCGAACUUGUGCCAGAAAAGUAAUAUCUCUAUCCGUGUUUCCACGAGGCCAACCGUCGGGGGAUAAUUGUCUACAAGAGUAUCAACACAGAAGGUCCAGGAUCAAGCCAGUGGUUUCUCAGGUUUCGUGAAAGGGAAUACAAUUAUAUAGAAGUUGAGGGUUCCUGCAAUUGUGUUUAUUGAAGAAUUGUAGAAGAGGGGAACAUUUGGCUACUGUUUCUUAUCUGUAUGUUCCAUACUGGUCCACAAGUAGUGUACUGCCACGGGAUGUCCAGGGCCAAGUACUAGGAGUCUACAACCACCGGGUGUCCAGGGCUAAGUACUAGGAAUCUACAACCACCGGGUGUCCAGGGCUAAGUACUAGGACAUAAUUACUGGAAACAUUUGAGGGACACGGGUGACGGUCAGUGCCGAUCGUGGUUGGUGUCGUCUGUGUGUUCACUCUCCACUGCCUUUGUAAGAGGCUAUCGUGAUUGACUUGACGCACACCAUGACCACACGACUUCUACACACGGUAUUGUGGGAUUCCUUCUGUUUAUAAGUAAAUAAUGUCCCAAGCCAAGAUGCCAGGUCAAACAGCAACCAUGAACGGAGACGCACACAGGGAGAAGAACAGCCGCCCACCUGUCGAGCUGUACAUCGUGAGGAUAUCACCUCCUUGUCGGCUUGUGUGGUGGUACAUGCUACAGUACGAGAUACCUCACGUUCUCAUCGAUGUGGACUUCACCCAAGGGGAGACAAAUCUGCCUGAUGUUGUCCGGAAGCAACCCCACCAGGAAGUGCCUAUUCUACUAGAUGGCGACGUCGUUGUGUUUGAUGGUCCCGCCAUUCUGCACUACCUCGCCGCCCAGUUUGCCGACCAUGCAGGUUUUGGGAUCUCCCUCAGUACCCGGAUGAUGAGCGAGUCCCUGAUCAGCUGGGCUAACAGUGAGCUGCACCGAGUUGUUGGGUAUGGCUACGUGUAUCCUCAGUUCCUGGAGAAGUACGCCCUGUCAGGCGAGGAGGCCAAUGAGGUCCUAGUUGAGAAGGGCCUCCACUACAUUACCCGUCACUUGGAGGUCCUGGAGAACAGGUACCUCGCCAAACACAAGUACCUCACCGGCGACAGGCACACCGUUGCUGACGUCUUCGUCGCCACAGUACUGCUUCAGCUGCAAUGGCCGAACUUCCAGUUCCGGAUCUGGCCAAAAGUGGACACGUGGUUGUCACGUGUCAAGCAAGUGGAAUUCUGGGAUAUAGUGCAUGUUUCACAUCGGGAGUUUCUGCAGGAACUUGAGAGGAAUCGGUAUACGUUUGACUGAUGAAUAGAAGAACCCAAGGCACAAACCGCGCUUAGAUAAAUCUAAGAGCUCCAGCAUCAGUAUGAAAGUGGAAAUUGAUGGAUUGAACACCGAAAUAAAUAAAUAGGAUUAUAGUAUAAGAUACAAUAAGAUACGAUAAGUGAUUAAACGGUGAUGAUUUACGGUGACUUGAAGGAGGAUUUUUGAAGGUUUGUUAUUUAGAAGUACUAAAGUGCCUGAAAAAUGUUGGGAUUUGAGCUGCGACGUGUAUGACCCCAAUGCUGUCUUCCUAAACGUGUGUGGACCCGGGAGACAAUACUGUGUGCAUUUAAAGAACGUUCUUACUUGACAAGAAAUAUAUUUGCUUUAAUGAAUUGAAAACAAGCCGGAGAUAUGAUUAUAUAUAAAUAAUAAAAUGUUAAAUAUUGUGUCUUAAACAAUUUAGAUACAGGUCUGCUGUUGCUAGCGGUUACCAGCCAUUGUGCGAAAUGUAUUGUAUUUUGUUUCUCUGUGAUAAACUGUGGCUACGGGAAGACGUGAGCCAUGGACAGUGACCAAGGUAUCUACCUACCUGGUGUAUACUCACAUCAUCAACCACAACGAACAUCUUGAUUGUCUUGUUGCUUGUGUCACGAUAGCCAGAUCCUUGUCAUCCCUACAUCUCCAGUGUACAUAGUUAAGUCCUCGUCAAGAUAUUGUUAUCUUUGUUCAUUAAACCUGUCUUAUAGGCGUU